CGAUUUUCUGCGGAUGAGCUGCAAUGCUUCAAAACACGGCCUCUGCCGUCCAGUGAGUUUGACCAGAAAUCCCAGGUCUACUGGCAAACCUUCGGUGACCUGCGGCAGAAUUUGUCAGAUGAAAACUGGCAUGCUCUUCCCGUGCUCAAGGGCCAAUUCUUCCAUCAUCCCCGCUUUAGGGAGAGUUUAGGAGGGCCAACCGAAGCUGAAAAAGCCCGGGCCCGGGAGAAGGCCCAGCGGCUCAUGGCUGAAAAAAAGGCGAUGGAAGAAGUUCAGCCGCUGGCGACGGAAGCCUUUGUUGGGGAUGUGCUGAAUCGCAUCUUCCCACGUAACCCCAACGCCAAGCAUGAAGACGUGGGCCGUUCCGGAAGGCAUGGGCGUCGCCAAUCCAUGGCCUCUUUCAACCUGGGAGGUCGGCGAGCCUCGCUGAGCAAGCCCAUGAGGGAGUCUGCAAGUACACCCAAUUUCAAAAUCAAAGCAUCACAGCCGGCGUCCAUACGAAGUCCGCUGUCGCCCCUCCUGAACACGGCAGUGGUGACUCCGAUCGGUUCGCGAGGAGCCAUGGAGGAGUUCCGGAAGGCGAUCUUGGAGAAGUUCAGUACUGUCAAGGAAGCUUUUGAGAGCUUCAUGAAGGACCUCCCGGACAGGCAGAUAACCAAGCUCGAACUGAGCCGGACCCUCGCGAAGUAUGGCUUCGAGUGGCAGUCGAAGGACGCCAGAGACACGAUCUUCGAUCGUUUAGACUUCAAGUCCGUCGGCCGCGUGACCAUGGUGGGCUUCUAUGUCAUCGUCGAGGCUUCGGCUCCAGUCCGCAGCGUGGAAGAUCUUCGAAGGCGCUGGCUGGCGAGUCAGUUCGGCUCCAUGCAUCAGGCUAUCAUGACCAUGGUGGAGAACUCCACUCAUGCACUCUCCUUGCGCUUGACGCUUCAAGAAUUCGGGGAAAGGCUGCUGCGUGUCAAUGUCACUGACCCGGAGGAACACCUGGCUCUUUUCAAGUCCCUGUGCUAUGAAAGUGGGAAGACAGAGAAGAGCAAGGCACGCGUUACUAUUGGUGACUUGGCAAGCGCAGUGGCGGUGGUCUCACCUUGCUUGCUGCUGGAAGACCUGCGCGAUAGGUUGCACAAGCGCUACAAUGGGGAUUUCAAGAAAGCCUUUGCAGACUUAGACAUGGACAGGAGCGGAUGUAUAGAUCAGUAUGAGUUUGUGGUGAAGGCAAUGGAUCGUCUUCACCUGUCGGAGCUGGAAGCGCAGAAGAUGUUCCGGGAGAUUGAUGUGGAUGGCUCCCGGGAGAUUUCUCGCAACGAAUUUGUUUGCGCAAUUGGGCUGUCAGAGCCUUCCCUGUUCCUAGAAGACCUCCGGAAGAAGGUGAGGCAACGCUUCCGUAGCUUCAAGGCACAGUUUGCCAAUGCCUUUCAUGACAGUGCUUUGAAUGAGUGCGAGUCGGCGCCACGAUUGAACCUUCAGAACUUCCAAGAGUUGCUCCUUCCCCUCAGCAUGAGCGAGAAGGAGACAAAGGUGCUCUUCAACUUGAUAGAUAUUGACCACGAUGGACAUCUAUCGGUACGUGAGUUCGUGAGAGGGGUUCGACAUUUCUCGCCGUCUGCUGUGCUGGAAGACUUGCGUGUAAUCUGCUGCCAGCAACAUGAACAUAUCACGGAUGCGUUCGCUGGUGUGGAUUACCUGAAAGUCAUGGACAGCAAUGCCUUUGCUCAACAGCUGAUUGAUGUGGGCCUCUGCGAUGGCAAAGAGGUUUCCGAUCUUCGUCUGGUAGAACUUCAGGCGGGCGUGCCGACUCAGGCACUCUUUGACAUCUUGGAUGUCGCCAAUAAUGGUGAGGCCACGAUUGGGAGGUUAUUGGCAGCGCUUCAAUCCUGCGGUGCGGGUACCACUGCACGCCUGUCCCCCGAAGACCUUGACUUGAGAGCCCGGAAUGAUGUGAGGAAUGACCUGGCCCCAAUGCACAAGCUGGUUACCGACUUGAAGCUGCAAGCCCGUCAAGGCAUGAAGUACAGCGAGGAGGAGAACCAGGAGGCCGAAAAAGAUGACAAAGCCAGCACAAGGAUCUUCGACGCAAUGCUUGAGCAGCUGGACCUCCAAAAUACCGGGUCGACCAUGUCAAAGGGCUCCGAUGAUCCGGAGCUCCCAAGCAAGAUGCGGGGCCCACCGAGGUUGAAAACCCUGCUGUAUGAAGAUGUUCUGAAGCAAUAUUCUUACAACCAGCGCACGAAGCCCGGCCUGGCGAAGCCAGCACAGGCGAAACCCGCCCGGAGGCCCAUCCACAAUGCCUCUGGUGGAGCUCAAGACUCAUGGCUGCGGAUGUGGGCCAAUUUGAAGAAAAGCCCAAAGAAGCACGAAAGAAAGAACUUUGAGGCGGAUCUUCAGUCUUACUACCAGGCCGCGGCAUGGAAGCUAUCGCACGAUGGACCCCUGCUCCACGGAAUAGAGCAGAGACUCACUCAGGAUCCAUUCCUGGGCAAACGCCCGCCAGAGAACCCACUUGUUUAG